CAACCUGGUCACUGUGCUGUAGUCCAGGUUGGUCCAAGCAGUCAUUUCCCUUCAGCACUCAGGAGGCUAAUCUAAGCCCUGACCUUAUCCUGGUAUGAACUGUCUAAUCCUGUUAUUGGAGUUGACACAGUUUGUCCAUAAUCCUCCUGUAGUCUUUAGAUGCUUUGCAGUCCUUUGCAGGUUCUUCACUGAAGCCACCUGGGAUGCUGCUGGACCUUGACUGAAGAAUUAAAGAUGUUGAGCUGGGUGGUGAAAGUCGUUCCUCAGCCGGCUGAACUUCAGUCCAAAAACCCUGAAGAACAAACAGAGAAACCAGCCACCGUCCCACCUGCUGCUUCAGCUCCUGUGAGUCCUGAGAAAAAAGUGACUUUUCAAGAUGAGCUAAAAUGUGAAGCAGCCAAACCUGACAAAAUCAAACAGGAUCAACCUGCUGCAGAAGAGAGCAGCACUGGUGUGCUGACGUGGAUCAGCAGUGCUCUGCCUCAGCCUGCAAGCACACCGAAGCUGAGUCGGACCAGUUCCACUACAAAGGAAAAUACAUCAUGCAGCAAACCAGAUGAAGAAAAAGGAAUAGUAUCUUGGAUCACUCAGGGUUUGGAGAAAGUUGUUCCCCAGCCGGACCUAAAGAACAAAGAGCUAGCACCGAGUGAGCAGGUGACUGAGGUGUGUCAGACAACAGCUCCGAAAGCUCCAGAUCCUCAUAUCACUGUUGUGGACAUGCAACCACCCCCCGAGGACAAGAUGGACAAUAAGCCUUUCCCACCCAGAAUGAUUGAUUGGAUCAAACAGGGCAUCGAGAAGGUGGUGCCUCAUCCCGAGAUACAUGUUCACACGAAAACAGAGGAGAAGACUGAAGCUCUGCCUCCAAGUAAAGUUGAGGCUCCGCCUCCAGAACCUCCUCCUGCUCCAAAAGCAGAACCUGAGAAAUCUUCCAAAGAUGUAGCAGAGCAUCAGCCCAGUAUGAUCGGCUGGAUCGUCAGUGGAAUUGGUCGAAUGUUGCCUCAACCUGCUCAAAAGCUGGACAGCAGUGAUGACGUGCACAAAAUCUGCAUUGUCCAGAGUUCAGACCUGGUGCUCGAGGAUCUGGAUCCACACUGGGACACAAAGACUAAACAGGACGAGAAGAUGGACAAGGAGGAACCGCAGUCCCAUAGCAAAGCAAAUGUACAAGUGAAACAGGAGAUAGAAGAUGUGACUCAGAUGGAACAGUGGACUCCUCUGAUGGACAGCAUCAAAAAGGAGGCAGAACAGUCUGUUCUCGCUCACAUGGAGGAACGACUGCAACAGGAGCGUCUGGAGGCAGCUCGGGUUGCAGAAGAAAUGGCCAGAAAGGCAGCAGAGGAGGCAGUCCGACAGCUGGAGGUGGAGCAUUCAGCCAAGAUCGUUAUAGACACCCUGAAAGAGCCUAACGAACAGCUGCCCAACAUCCUGGAGGAGCAGAACGAGGAUGAUCCAGAGUUGCAGAACCUGCGAGAAGAUAGUGAAGACAGCACAGACAAUAAGGGUCCUGAGGACAUUAAAGUAACAGAGGACAAUAAACACACUGAGGAAGAGAAAAAAGACCAUCAGUAAGUGCAAACCCAAUCUUCUUGCAAUGAAAUGGAUGGAAGCACCCAAACGAACAUGAUUUAUACAA